AUGAACAGACAGCUCCUGAGUCCAGAGGCCGGAUCGAGGGACAUUCAAGCCCCAGCAGGCCGCACGAGCUGGGACAAGGUCAGGGUCAAGGCCAAGGCCAAGGUCAACAACGGUCUGUCUGCUGGGAAGAAGGACGAUGGCAUGGAUGGUAGAGAGCAGGCGGCGACGAGACAGAACGAUUGA